UCUCGCUCUAAAAUCUCACACUCUCCUCUUCCUCUCGCUCACCACUCUUUUUCCACUCAACAGAGAAGAAAAAACUGGAAAUCAUGCUGUCCCCAACACCAUUGUCGCUGUUAUGUGCUCUGAUCCUUUGCAUGCCUUUAGCCGUUAUUGUCACAAUCACUUCUCCGACGACCAGCACGACAACCACCGUCCAUGACGGUCCCGAAACCAAUCCUGUCCCGGAUUUUGUCCCGGCAACCAAAACCCACCAAAGAUUAUCCUUUAAACCGCCGCCGUUACCGCCAGAAGAUGACAAGUCACUCUUUCGGGUCGCUUCCCGAGUCAACUCAAGAACGCAUCCUGGCUCCCCUAAAAAGAUUGCGUUUUUAUUCCUCACCGUAUCACCUCUCCCUUUCGCUCCCCUUUGGGAGCUUUAUUUUAAUCAAAUCCCUAAAAGCCUCUUCAAUGUUUACGUCCAUGCCGACCCGACUCACCCUUACGAAACGCCGUUUUCGGGAUUGUUCGCUCACCGUGUCAUCCAUUCGAAACCCGCCCUCCGUUUCACCCCUACUCUCAUAUCCGCGGUGCGGCGGUUAUUGGCUCGCGCGCUACUACACGAUCGUUCGAAUUACAUGUUUGUACUUAUAUCCGCGUCGUGUAUCCCUAUCCACUCGUUUAACUUCACUUACCAUACCCUAAUCGGGUCCAAGAAGAGCUUCAUCGAGAUCCUGGACAACGAGAUCGGGACCUUCGAUAGGUGGGCGGCGCGUGGGGCGGACCUGAUGUUGCCGGAGGUGAAGCUCGACGAUUUCAGGAUCGGGUCCCAGUUUUGGUCCCUGACGCGUAAGCACGCGAGGCUCAUCGUUGGCGACGAGAUCAUUUGGGCCAAGUUCAACCUGCCGUGUGUGGUGUGGGACAAUUGUUACCCGGAGGAAAAUUACUUCCCAAGCCUCGUCCACAUGCGCGAUCCAAGCGGCGUUGUGCCGGCUACUUUGACGCACGUGGACUGGAACGGGAGCUCCGAUGGCCACCCGCGAAUGUACGUGGCGUCGGAGGUGGGGGCCGAGUUGAUCACGAAGUUAAGAUUGGAUAAGCCUAGAUAUGGUGAUGAUGGAACCAAGUGCUCAGAUUCGUCCGUGAUAUGUCGGCGUGAUCCGUUUUUAUUCGCCCGGAAGUUGGCUUCGGAUUCGAUCCAGCGGUUGAUGAGUAUCGCGAGUGAGGUAAUUUUCUCGGAUUAAAGUAUAUUUUCUCUCCCUGUGUGAAUGGCUUGUAGUACAUUUCCUUUGUUCUUUUUACAGCUCUUUUAAUUUAUCAAGGAAAAAAACAAAGCUGGGUAAAAAGAAACCCAGUGCGAUUGUUGGCGACCUCUUAAUAUUCGCGCCAUUGUGGGUUUGACAAUGACUGAAACAUGAACAAGCUUGUCAAGGAGAUUUGU